AUGAACAGGAAAAAUCCUCUUUCAGGGGCCCCCACGUCCUUUGUGGAGGUGGCCGUGUUCUUCAAGGAGGAGGAAUGGGCUCUUCUGGAUCCGUCCCAAAGAGCUCUGUACUGGGAAGUCAUGCAGGAGAAUUACGAGACUGCGGCCUCUUUGGGACUUUGGGUUCCGGGACCAUUCCUUGAUUUGCAGCACCAUCCAAGAAACAUGCGGUUUCUCCAAAGCUCUGAAGAAUCGGGCAGGUGUACUGGUGUCCCCUUGUCAGCAGCAGAUACUGAAAGACAGGGGCAACUAGAAGGGGUGUCUUCAGAAAGAGACGAGGAUCUGGAGGUGGUGGAACCUUGGGAUGGAGACGGACCUCGAAGGCAGCUGAGAAGAAAACGGGAAGGAAAACAGAAGCGGAGGAAGGAGUUGGUUGACUGUCAGGGCAGGAACAUCUAUGACAUACCAGCCCAAAGCAAAAUACAAAGAGAAAAGGGAAGGAAUAAGUGUCCCAUGAAAGGGAAAAGGUUGGGCUGCAAAUCCAGCAUUAAGAUAGAAUGGAAGAUCCAAUCAGGAAAGAAAACAUGUGGCUGCUUGGAGUGUGGAAAGAGCUUCUCGCAGAAUAGCCAACUAACUGAUUAUCAAAGGGUUCAUGCAAGAGAGAAGCCACAUAACUUCUUGGAGUGUGGGAAGAACUUCAGUCAGAAGGACAGCCUUACAUUACACCAGAAAAUUCACACAGGGGAGAAGCCAUAUAAAUGCUUGGAGUGUGGGAAGAACUUCAGUCAGAAGGGUAGCCUUACUUUACACCAGAAAAUUCACACAGGGGAGAAGCCAUAUAAAUGCUCGGAGUGUGGGAAGAGCUUCAGUCAGAAGGCCCACCUUACUUUGCACCAGAAAAUUCACACAGGGGAGAAGCCAUAUAAAUGCUUGGAGUGUGGGAAGAGCUUCUCUAGUGGUGGCGACCUCACUAAACAUCAAAGGAUACACACAGGGGAGAAGCCAUAUAAAUGCUUAGAGUGUGGGAAGAACUUCAGUCAGAAGGCCCACCUUACUUUACACCAGAAACGUCACACAGGGGAGAAGCCACAUAAAUGCUUGGAGUGUGGGAAGAACUUCAGUCGGAAGGACAGCCUUACUUUACACCAGAAAAUUCACACAGGGGAGAAGCCAUAUAAAUGCUUGGAGCGUGGGAAGAGCUUCAGUCAGAAGGCACACCUUACUUUGCACCAGAAAAUUCACACAGGGGAGAAGCCAUAUAAAUGCUUGGAGUGUGGGAAGAGCUUCUCUAGUGGUGGCGACCUCACUAAACAUCAAAGGAUACACACAGGGGAGAAGCCAUAUAAAUGCUUAGAGUGUGGGAAGAACUUCAGUCGGAAGAACUACCUUACUUUACACCAGAAACGUCACACAGGGGAGAAGCCACAUAAAUGCUUGGAGUGUGGGAAGAACUUCAGGGAGAAGCCACAUAAAUGCUUGGAGUGUGGGAAGAACUUCAGUCAGAAUGGUAGCCUUACUUUACACCAGAAAAUUCACACAGGGGAGAAGCCAUAUAAAUGCUCGGAGUGUGGGAAGAGCUUCAGUCAGAAGGCCCACCUUACUUUGCACCAGAAAAUUCACACAGGGGAGAAGCCAUAUAAAUGCUUGGAGUGUGGGAAGAGCUUCUCUAGUGGUGGCGACCUCACUAAACAUCAAAGGAUACACACAGGGGAGAAGCCAUAUAAAUGCUUAGAGUGUGGGAAGAACUUCAGUCAGAAGGCCCACCUUACUUUACACCAGAAACGUCACACAGGGGAGAAGCCACAUAAAUGCUUGGAGUGUGGGAAGAACUUCAGUCGGAAGGAUAGCCUUUCUUUACACCAGAAAAUUCACACAGGAGAGAAGCCUUAUACAUGCUUGGAGUGUGGGAAGAACUUUAGUAAAAAGGCCAACCUUUCUUUACACCAGAAAAUUCACACAGGGGAGAAGCCACAUAAAUGCUUGGAGUGUGGGAAGAACUUCAGUCAGAAUGGUAGCCUUACUUUACACCAGAAAAUUCACACAGGGGAGAAGCCAUAUAAAUGCUCGGAGUGUGGUAAGAGCUUCAGUCAGAAAGCCCACCUUACUUUGCACCAGAAAAUUCACACGGGAGAAGCCAUAUAA